AGUAUCUCUUUCUCUCAAAAUCAGAGUCGGGAAAAUUGAACCCAAAAUCACCGAAGGAAAAGAAAAAUCCAAAUGGCGGAGCACCACCACCAUCACCACCGUCCCAACCGCCUUUCCGUCCCUCCACGCGCCACUGCUUUCACAACCCCAACCCAAACUACCCCAAGAUCUUACCCUUCGUAUUCAUACCCUCCUUCCAUCACAACCCCAACUGCAACUCCAUCAAAACACCGCCUUUCCCUCCAAUCUUCCUCUUUGUCUGCUUCCUCCCAAAAGAAAUCCUCCAUUUCUUUCCUUCUCCUCCUCCUCCUUUCCCUUCGCUCUCUUUACUCUCUCCUUCCUUUCAUUCGCUCUUCCCCUCCUUCUUUCUCAGUCUUCCCUUUCUCUUUCCUCCUUUCCUUUUUCUCUUUCCUCCUCUCUCUCUCUUUUACCCUCUUCUCCAAAAGGAACGCCAGAAACCAUCCAAUUUUCCCCAUUAAUUCUCUCUCCACCCCUCAACUCAAACUCCUACUCUCUAAGUCCUUCCUUUUGUCCAUUAUAUUACUUCUCAGGUUCCAAGCUCUUAGAUACUGUGGUACAGCUGCUAUGAUCUUAGCUGAACUAUCGGGAAACCUUGCUGGCAGGCUAUUUUCCAAAGAGAAUAAUAACCCCAAGAAAAGGUCGGUUUUUUCGUCUCAGAUUAUUGGGUUUUGCUUUUUAUUUAUUGGGUUAAUGCUAUUAUCUUUAAGUUGGGAUAGAGUAGAUUGUUUUCCUUUGAAUAAGACCGGGUUUUCGAUGUAUCCUAGGGAAGGUUGUGUUAGAAUUUGGCCAAUGUUAUUGCCCUUUUUAUCAGGGUUUUUAGGUUGUUAUGAAAAGGUUUCCAUGAAUUGGGGGAGCAUUAGACAGCUUGGUCGAAAAAGGGUUCGAUUGAUUUCAUCGUUUUUCACCACUGUUAUGCUUUUUGUUCCUGCUGCUGUUAGUUUCUUUGUUUACGAAAGUCAAGGUGGAGGAAAUAUUUCUAUUGAUAAUUUAGGUUGGCCUUUGGUGAAUAUUGUUGUUUUUGGAGUGAUUUUGAGUGAGAAUUUCGAUGAUGAUGACAAGUUAAUGAGUUCUAAAGAUUUUCAGAGGGAGUUUAUGGUUACUUUUGUUUGUACCAUUGUUUUGGAGUUGUUUUAUUUCAAGGAGUUAUCGCUUUUGGGAUUGUUGUUGUGCGGUUUGUUGUUGUACUUUGCUGUUCGAGAGCUUGAUCCAGUUUAUACAAGUUAUAUUGAAUUGGGGAUAGAAUCAUCGGAGUCUUUUAGCAUGUCGAUAAUGAAACCAAUUCAACAUAUAUUGAGUGAGCGAAAGUCUCGGAAGAUUGCAUUGUUUCUAUUAAUUAAUACUGCAUACAUGGUUGUGGAAUUUGCUGCUGGCUUCAUGAGUAAUAGUCUUGGGUUGAUAUCAGAUGCGUGUCACAUGUUGUUCGAUUGUGCGGCUUUGGCUAUUGGGCUUUAUGCUUCGUAUAUUUCACGGUUGCCUGCUAAUAGUCAAUUCAAUUAUGGUAGAGGCAGAUUUGAGAUUCUAUCGGGGUAUACUAAUGCAGUUUUCCUAGUUCUAGUCGGGGCAUUAAUUGUGUUGGAAUCCUUUGAGAGGAUUUUGGAUCCUCAAGAAAUAUCAACGAACAGUCUCUUAACUGUCUCGAUUGGAGGGCUUGUUGUCAAUGUGGUCGGUUUGAUAUUCUUUCAUGAGGAGCAUCAUCAUGCACAUGGCGGAGCAUGUUCGCACUCGCAUUCUCAUUCUGAUUCCCACUCUCACGACCACCAUCAUCAGCAUUCACAUGAUCACGAGAGUCAUGUUGAACACCAUGAAUUUGUAAAUGUUUCCGAUGGAUGCCAAGAUUCUUGCUCUGGCCAUGAACAUCAUCAUGGGAGCAGACAUCACAGCAACAAUUACCAUGCCGAAGAUCACAAGAAACACGAAUUUCGUGUCCACCAUGGCCAUGAUCACAAUCAUGCCCCACAUGAUUGUGCCCACCAUCAUGAUCACCACGGCUAUGGACAUCAACAUGACCAUGCUCAUGACCACCAUGAUUGUGCCCAUCAUCAUGAUCACAAUGAUCAUCAUCAUGAUCUAGGCGUGCACCAUGGACCCCUACAGAACCAACUUCUAUCAGAAGGGAAGUUGCCCCAGAAGCAUCAGCAUGGACACAUCGACCACAAUAUGGAAGGGAUUUUCUUGCAUGUCCUGGCAGACACCAUGGGAAGUGUUGGAGUUGUUAUGUCGACUCUCUUAAUUAAGUACAAGGGAUGGCUAGUUGCUGAUCCUGCAUGUUCAAUAUUCAUUUCGGUUUUAAUUAUAUCAUCAGUUAUCCCAUUGCUUAGAAACUCCUCCGAAAUUUUGCUUCAAAGAGUUCCAAGGGCUCAAGAGCUGGUUUUGAAGAAGGCCAUAAGUGAUAUUACGAACAUGAAAGGGGUAUGUCGUGUUCAGAACUUGCAUGUAUGGAGCUUUACAAACACGGAUAUCGUUGGAACAGUCCACCUUCAUAUAUCAGCAGAAACUGACAAGGCUGCUAUGAAAUCACAAGUGUCGCACAUCUUACAUGAUGCCGGAAUCAAGGAUUUGACGUUGCAAGUGGAGUGUGUGGAACUAUAGUAACUGAUCUUAGGUUACACUGUCGAGAAUAGAGAGUAGCUCAUUCAUCUUUAGGACUGAGUCUUAUCAUGAUCAAAAGCAACAGAUAGCUCCAAUCUAUAUGCUGUGUUGUAAGGAGUACAUCUUUGUCGGUUUAUCCUGGAGCAUGUAUAUACUCGUAAGAGUUGAGUUCAGCAUCGAUGUUUUCUGUGAAGCUGUAGAAAAGGUGAAAAAGGGGAAAUGUUUAUUUUUGUUACACAUGAGAUCAGUGUCAAUUUCUCGUAGGUUCAGGUGAGUGAAAUCCAAACAAGAAGAUUUAAUCGGCUAUGUAAUGAAACAAACAGUGGUACAUUAUUUUCUUGUAUGACCUUUCUGCUUAUAAUGUAAAAAGAACUUGUUUUUAUGGUUCAUAAUUAUUUAUUGGCAUGUUUAUUGAAGUA